ACAUUUGUCUGUUUACUUAUUUUGCUGGAGAAUGUCGGUCUUCUCCGUAUGUAAAUUUAGCUUAUAAAUUAUGAGUUGUUUUGAAUAUUAUUUUAUCAUACAACAAAAUUUGUUUCAUCUUUUAAAUACCUAAACAAUUGCAGUUACAUUUCUGCUCAGUUAAUUUUUGAAAAUGUCAUUAAGACCGAGGGUUGUUGAUUUUACUUCUGUAUGGAAUAUUCUAAAGGAAACAGUGGAAGGUGUCAUUACACUGGGAGAUAUCAGCCGCCACACUUGGAAUGACAGAUUUACUGAUGUUUACACACUUUGUGUUGCUUUUCCUGAGCCUUUGGGUGAUAUGCUAUACCAAGAAACUAAAAAGUAUCUUGAAGAGCAUGUUAAACAUCUUCACAAGUCAGUUGUAUCCUCUCAAGAAGGUUUAUUAGCUGCCUAUUAUCAGAGCUGGGUGGAGUAUAGUAAAGGGAUUGGAUAUUUAAAUAAACUCUACAUGUAUUUAAACACUCAACACAUUAAGAAACAGAGAUUUAAUGAAGCUGACUUACAAUAUGGAAGAUCAGAUAUUGGUGAUCAAAUGCUUGAAAUUGGCGAAUUAGGUUUAGACCUUUGGAAGAAAUAUAUGAUAGAGAAGCUAUCUGACAACUUAGUUCAUUUACUUUUAGAGGGCAUAAAACAGGACCGACAGGGAGACUCUCCACCGAAUCAGUCCGUCUUUCAUGGGGUAAUACAGUCAUUUGUCCAGGUUGAAGAUUAUAGGAAGAAUGACAACCUAUUCUAUUACCAAGAAAUCUUUGAGAAGCCUUUCUUAAUAAAAACUGGAGAACAUUAUACUUUAGAAGCUAACCGCCUACUGCAAGAGAAUGAUUGCUCACAAUACAUGGAAAAGGUUCUCCAACGAUUAGACGAAGAAAACUUACGAAGUCGUAAGUACCUACACCCCAGCUCCUAUCCUAGAGUAACACAAGAAUGUGAACGUAGAAUGGUAGCUGAUCAUCUUCAGUUUCUACAUGGAGAAUGCAAAAGGAUGGUAGAGCAGGAGAGUAGAAGAGACCUGCAACACCUGUACCUCCUUUUGAAAUCCAUCCCUAGUGCAUCUGAUGCUCUUAUUCAAGAACUUCAACAGCACAUCACUAAAAGAGGAUUAGAUGUUGUAUAUAAUUUAAAAGGAGAUAAUGUGCCUCAAUUAUUUGUGGAAUCUCUCCUUGAAGUUCAUGAAAAAUACAGCAAUCUCAUAAAAAAUGUUUUUUCUGCUGAUCAACAAUUUAUUGGAGCCUUAGACAAGGCAUGUUCAGCAGUCAUUAAUUAUAAAGGGAGUUCAAAGUUUUCUUGCCGAUCUCCUGAACUGUUAGCAAAGUACUGUGAUUCCUUGUUAAAGAAGAAUGCUAAGACCUGUACAGAAACAGAAGUUGAAUCAAAAUUAGGGCAAUCCAUCACUGUCUUUAAAUACAUUGAUGACAAGGAUGUCUUUCAAAAGUUUUAUGCCAGGAUGCUGGCGAAGAGAUUAAUUUAUGCUCAAUCUAUGUCUAUGGAUGCUGAAGAGACUAUGAUAAACAAAUUAAAACAAGCUUGUGGUUAUGAGUUCACCAGCAAACUCCAUAGAAUGUUCACAGAUGUGAGUGUGAGUGGUGAUCUUCAAGGACGCUUUAAUCAGUAUUUGAGGGAUGAAAAUGUCGAUCUUGGAAUUAAUUUCAGUAUCUCCGUUUUACAAGCAGGUGCCUGGCCACUUGGUCAAACAGCUAUUUCACCUUUUGCCAUUCCCUUAGAGCUUGAAAAGAGUGUACAAAAGUUUGAGAACUUCUACAAUACUAGAUUUAAUGGUAGAAAACUCACGUGGCUACACCAUCUCUGUAAUGCUGAAUUGAAAUUGGGUUACCUAAAGAAAGCAUACAUAGUCACCAUGAGUACUUAUCAAAUGGCUAUAUUGCUGCUUUAUGAGAAAACUGAUUCCCUCUCCUAUGUAGACAUACAAGAAAAUACAAAACUGAGUGAUGAGCAGUUGAGUAAACAGAUACAAAGUCUUAUAGAAUCAAAACUUUUGAUCUCAAAUACUGAAAAAAUUGACUCUCAAAGUAGUUUUAGCUUAAAUAAAGAUUAUUCAAAUAAAAGGACUAAAUUUAAAUUAGUGGCAGUUAUUCAGAAAGAGACCACUCAGGUAUGUGUUGAUCAAGAAGUUGAACAGACUCAUGUGUCGGUGGAUGAAGAUAGGAAACUUUAUCUGCAAGCUGCAAUCGUCCGCAUCAUGAAGGCUCGCAAAGUCUUGCGCCACAAUGCCUUAAUACAAGAAGUGAUCAGCCAGUCAAAAAAUCGUUUUGUACCGAAUAUAUCUAUGAUCAAGAAGUGCAUAGAAGCCUUAAUAGACAAGCAAUAUAUAGAACGGACUCCUAACUCUACUGAUGAAUAUAGCUACGUUGCAUGAUAGAUAUUUAUAUUUUAUCAAAUCAUCUCUCUCUCAAGCAAUGUUGUUGACAUAUGGAACUGCCAUCCUAAGAUUUGUACAUUUUUUUUAAAACCUCCCAAGAGUAUACUACCCAUUUUGUAAAUGGACUGUAAAAAUGAAUUUUGUUUUUUUCUUUUAUGUUGCACAAAUAUAAAAGAUAAAUAAAUGAAUUAUCACAAUA